CUCUUUCUCCCGCAUUCCUGAACUUUCUCUAAAACUACUUGGUGUUAUGGGGAAGAGGUGUGUGUGUGUGUGUGUGUGGUGGUGCAGGUUUUCCUCUUAAACAUGCUGCAUUUGAAAAGCGCAGGCAGUCCGUGAUUUGCCCAAUAUCAUGGUGUCCUGUCGGUAAACGGGUUAAGAUUUUACAGCCAACCCCCUACUUUCCUUUCCCCUCCUAUCCUCUCUCUUCUCGCCAUGCCGGAUCCAUCCGUCUGUCUCGCCCACAGUUGCAGAGCAUUUGUGUCCCGGGAUGACCUGUUGAUGUCGGCUAAAGAUGGAGUGCCAGGAUCGCCCUCCGCUAUAGACCCCCUCCCUCUCUUCUUCUCUUCUCCGCUAAAAAAAAAAUAUAACGUGAACACAUUUAUUCACAUCGGAGUUCAGCCAAGUGAACGUACCCAGUGUGGCUUCCCGAGUCCCCUUUUUGGUGGAGAUUAAAUAAAUAAUUUAAUCGCCGUGAUAUAUCACAAGCGACAUUUUGGAGGGGAACAACGCGUGUCUGUCCCGUAUCGGUAGCUGCCAUUCGGCCGGAGGAGGAGGAGGGAACUCGGUCUAAACGGACAUCACACCGCGCUGGCACGGAACAAGGGGAGACGAGGAGAGAGAGCUGAACUGCUGAAUAUUUUAUUCCCCUCGACUAUUUUUGUGGCAGAUUUCGUGCCCCCGGUUUCUCGGACGAUAAACGCGUGUGUGCGCUGGAGGGAGUUGAAACCGGGGUUGACACACAAAAUAAGAGAAGAGCUCUCUUCUUUUUUUGUCCCUUUUCCGCUGCCGCCCCCCUCCCUCCCUCCCUCCCUCCUUCUCUCCGCUGAACGCACGCACACACCGGCCCGGGCCAGCCGAGGACUCCCAAAUCCUACCGGGCAUCGAGGCUGGCACACGGCGGGGCACCGAGAGCUCUCUGCCCGCUCUGACUGCCCUGCUGCCCCGCUUGUGGCGGGCUCUCUUCCCUCCCGACACCGUCUACCGGCGAGACACCGGCUCUGCUAGACUUCCAUACCCUGUGGUGCUGGGCAGAGCGUUAUGGCUCAGACGCUGCAGAUGGCGAUCCCUAACUUUGGCAACAACGUCCUGGAGUGUCUGAACGAACAGCGGCUGCAGGGACUCUACUGUGAUGUCUCCGUGGUUGUCAAGGGACACGCCUUCAAGGCCCACCGUGCGGUGCUGGCAGCCAGCAGUUCCUACUUCCGGGACCUGUUCAACGCUGGGGGGAAGAGCUCGGUGGUGGAGCUGCCCCCGGCCGUGCAGCCACAGAGCUUCCAGCAGAUCCUGGCCUUCUGCUACACAGGACGCCUCAGCAUGAAUGUUGGAGACCAGUUCCUGCUCAUGUACACCGCCGGCUUCCUCCAGAUCCAGCAGAUCAUGGAGAAAGGCACAGAGUUUUUCCUCAAGGUCUCAUCUCCAAGCUGUGACUCUCAGGGUCUCCACACUGAGGAGACCCCGCCCUCUGAGCCUCAGAGCCCCGUCACUCAAACAGUGGGAGGGGGCGGAGUCGGUGUCGUUGCCACAGCCGCAGGAAGGCCCGCCUCUUGUCUGACGCCCCUCCCCUUGGUGUCCAAGGUGAAGACAGAACAGACAGCCACCACACCUCAGCCCACCCAUCAACAGCCACAGCAGCAGCAGGAGGGCUCUCCCUACUCGGUGGUCUGCACCCCUGUGGCCAAGCGGCUGUGGGAAGGGGGCAACCGUGAUGGGGGAGGGGGGUCUGGAGGGGGUGGAGGAGGUGGGAUGAGGAAGGCUGCACGCUACUCUUCCUCAUCCUCUUCCUCCUCCUCCUCUAACAACACUACCCAGGAUGCCUCUGGGCGUGGACCCACAGCCAAUGUGAUGGUGGGUGGCGCCGCCGCCACCUCAGUGGGAGGAGCCGGACUCAACAGUAACCAUAACAACAAUAACAACAACAGUGGGACCCCCGAGGGCACGAGCCCAGGCACGCUGAGCAUGUAUACCAGUGACUCGCCAAUCAGUUACCACGACGACGAGGAAGAGGAUGACAUAGCGGACGAGAGCGCCGAAGAGCAGUACAGACAGAUCUGCAACAUGUACACCAUGUACAGCAUGCUGAACGCCGGAGCAGCAGUGGUCGGGGAGAGGGUGGAGGCUCUGCCAGACUUGGCCCCAGACUCAGGCGGCGGGCGGGGAGGCAGGGGUGGCCGGUCCCGGCAGGACCUGGCUUCGCUGCCCGCUGAGCUCAUCAGCCAGAUCGGGAACCGCUGCCACCCCAAGCUGUACGAGGAGGGCGACCCGGCAGAGAAGCUGGAGCUGGUGAGCGGCACCUCCGUGUUCAUCUCCCGCGCCCAGCUCAUGAACUGCCACGUCAGCGCCGGCACCCGCCACAAAGUGCUGCUCAGACGCCUGCUGGCUGCAUUCUUUGACAGGAGCACUCUGGCUAACAGCUGUGGAACUGGCAUCCGCUCUUCAACCAACGACCCAAGUCGUAAACCCCUGGACAACAGAGUUCUGCACGCUGUCAAAUUCUACUGCCAGAACUUUGCGCCGAGCUUCAAGGAGAGUGAGAUGAAUGCCAUUGCAGCCGACAUGUGCACCAACGCCCGUCGUGUCGUCCGUAAGAGCUGGAUCCCCAAGCUUAAACUGCUGAUGGCCGACAGCGACGCCUACUCUGCCUUCCUGGCUGACAGCGUGAAGAUGGAGGCUGACGCGCUGGGGGCGGAGCAAGGCUUUGACCCCGCCUCCCUGGAAGCCGUGGCAGCAGCAGCGGCAGCGGCCGCCAACAGUAACGAAGCAGGAGGUGGAGCCACGCAAACUGACACCCUCCAGGGGGCAGGAGGAGACGGCAGCACUUUGUUUUGAGUAAGUGAACGGACAGAUAGAUGAAUGGACAGAUGGACAGAUUGAUGGAGGGAGGGAUGGCAUUUCUCUGGGGCGAUGAGUAGAGAAUGGUGGCCACUGUGGUCGUGAUGACAGUUGUCACUCCUCCCCUAGCCGCCAUGUGUUUGGGGAUCUGUUUCUUCUUUUACACCUCUUUUGGUCAGUUUAUUCUGCUUUCCUUCCUUCAUUUGUCCACAUUUCAGUCUCUCUUCACGGCCCAGAAUGCCUCAUUUUGGGCUGUUCCUCCUUCCUUCCCCGAUGGAGAGAGAUAGAAAGGUAGCAGAGGGAGGAGGAGUCCACCCCCCCACCCCCCAGACAUCCUCAUCCCUCUGCAACCUUUCAAGAUCUGAUAGUUUCAGCCUUUAUUUUUUACUGUGGUAGAAGUGUGUACUGUCACUAAUGCCCUUUUCUUACCAUAAUCAAUCACAGACAUUCCCUGGGGAGGCGGGCGGGGGGAGGGGUAAUCCUGUUUUGAGAAAGUGAUGUUUCCUUUCCCAAACUCCAGUAACACUGUUGUUUUGAUAUUGAAUGUAUGCGUGGCGAAGCAUCUGAACCGCAGCGUUGUACGUCAGUGGAGGCUGAGUGAGAUUGUACAGAGCCCUUUUUAAAAAUUUGUUGGUUGGUUUUUUCUUUUCUUUUUUUCUUUAUUUCGUCUGGACGAUCAGAUGAAAGCUUCUCUGAAAGUGUGGGGUUGAUGAGGUCUGGGGUUGAAAUGAAUACUAAUAUGUAUAUUGGCAUGGUCUAUGAUCUCCCCGACCUCGGCCCGACCCCACCAACCCUGCUCUUUAACUCCUGCCGGGCAUGCUGGGAAACUGACUCAGCUGCUAUUAGAGAAAUACUGCUGAAUUCUAACUGAGUUCGGGAACCAGACAGUAUUUUGAUUGGUUAGUGAGUGUUUCAGAUUUGUCAGCCAGUGUUGGUGGCAGACUAAAAAACUACGAUUUGCUUGCUAACUAACCCCCCCAACCUCUCCUGCUUUUUGACCCUUAAACAAAAAAAAUAACAAUUUCAGUUUGUUUACUUUUUCUGUGUUUUGAAUUUUUCCUUUGUGUGGAAUUUUUGCCACGGCUCCUGACGGAGAGGAAACUUGUUACCGAUGAUUGUCAAAGAGUUUGCGCGAGAUAAAUGCACUGUGUUAUUUCCUGCGGUAUGAGUACAAUCGAACUACGUUUUUGUACGUAUAAGAAAGAGAAGAGGGGUGGUUUUAUUUAAAAAAUGGAAAAAAAGAAGAAAAAAAUAUUAGCUAAAAUCCAAUUUAUAUCUCUGUUUAUCACCCGUUUUUUUUAAUCUGAAGGAAAGAUAAGAAAUAUCCAAAAGCGAGUUUCUGCCUGUGAGUUUAGGAACGAGUUGUGUGUGUUUAUGUGUGUGUGUGGAUACUGUGGCAAUUAUCUUUUUUUUAAAUUGUUUUCCCUAAGAAUAUUCACAGCCAUGCCCGUUCGCAGCACAAGUUUCCUCAGGCUCGCUGCCUGGAUGCGUGCUUGCCUGGCAUGGGUGAAGGUGCUAAUUCAAGCAUUGGUACAUGGCAAAUAAUACAGCUGUAUGUUUGUGUGUGUGUGUGUGUGUAGGUGUGUAUUUGAACGGCCGUACAGUUUGUGUGUGUGUGUGUGUGUGUGUGUGCUGCAAUAGAAAAAGAGAGAGCGCGGGAGGCCAGACGGUGUGUUUUCACACACGCUUGGUCGAUUCAUUCACCCAUCACUGCAGUGAGCACACAUACACGCUAAUACGCAUUUGGGCGCUGUCAGCUGCAUCAGCUACAGUACACUAGAGCAACGUGGGAAUUAAAGGAGAAUUACAUUGAAGCAGACCUGAGAGGCUGUUGUUCAUCACAUGUAAGCAUUCAGCUAAAAUUGAAUUCUGUGUUUAAUGAGGCUACACUAGAUUGGAUGGAAAAGAUAAACUUUCAUCGCACUCUGAAAGUUUUGCUCGUUGGUUUGACUUUAUGUAAGGUAAGAGAGAGCAGCUAAAUAAUGGAAAUCACAGAAGAAUGUUGGCAUAGAAACUACCCUGUAUGUCACAUUGCAGUCAUAUUUGCUUUUCAUACUUGUGUGGCUGGAUGGUAGCUUUUAGACAAAAGAACAACUACAGAGCUGGAUCUUUUCUUUUUAGAAAAGAAACUGACCUCGAGAAUCUUCAGUACAGCUGAAUACACUCAUCAGCUGAACCCAACAGAGGCCUUUUGCUCUUGUUCAGUUUGACGUUGAAUAUUGGGGCUCCGGGUGAACUUUCUGAUUUGUUACUUCGUGGUGAUUCAAAUGGACAUUCAAAUGUUCCAUAUGUCAGACUUUAGUUUCAGUGAGAUCAUAAAAUCGAUCCCAGACAAUCAGUAUAAAGUCAAUCCUCCCUCAUGACAGAUCUGACACAUCUGUCUGUUUGGCACUGGAGAGUAAUAGGCCUAAUGAAAGCAGUAGUGUGAAUAACAUGUAUGUCCUCUGUUUUAAACAGACUUGAUCAAUGCCCAAACUAUGUGCAGACCAGUAGUUUGUAUAUCCAUCAUUAUCUGGCAGAUUCAGACAAAUUUCAAAUCCUCUUUUGGGCUAUUGAUGGGGGCUGAAGUGUUAAUGAUCCAGACCACAAAUGAGAACACAUUUAUUGAGAAAUUUAUUGCCUCAUGCCAAAGUACGAUAACUCACUAGUUUUUUUGUGUGUGUGGACUUGUUCCGUUAAAGUGUGAACAAGUCAAGACUGAGACCAGAGCAGUCCAGCUCAAGAUGGUGACUAUUGUGAAGUCUUGAAAUUGUCAUGUCGGCAAGUUAUCGGACUCUUGUCACAUGAUAGAAAUUUAGAGUUCAUCUCGUUAAUUUAAAAACAGAGAUGUCGAUAAUCGUGCAACACGUGCUCAGCUGGUCUUAAGAUAAACAGCUGAUGCUAUUGAUGGCGCUGAGUCAAAGAAAAA